AUGGUCAAAUUGCAACAUGUGGUGACAACUUGCGUCGGCCUGCUAGGCAUGGCCGAAUCGAAAGAUUCACCCCGUCAGCGGGCAAAGGCGCUGUUGAAGAAGAUGACAUGGGAAGAAAAGAUCGCGCAGAUGGGUAGUAUCCGGCGAUUGUUGAAACUCGGCCCGGAAGUCGACGAGGAGAAUUACGAUAGUAGAUACGAACUGCAGCACGGGACAAUUGGCUUUGGUCCCAUGUUCAACUGGAUUCUCGAUGCCUUGCCAAUUGUCAACGAGGUCCGGGAGAAAGAGAUAAAACACAGUCGCUUCCAUAUCCCAUUCGUCACUGUUUGCGACUCAGUCAAUGGCCUGUUCAUCUCAGGCGGCACCGUCUUCCCUAGCAAUCUGGCCAUGUCUUCAACCUUCAAUCUCCCGCUUUUUAAGAAUGUCACCGAAGCCAUUCGAGAAGAGCAAUUAUCCACCGGUGUGUCAUGGGUUCUUUCACCUCCUCUAGAUGUUAGCUGGGAGCCUCGUUACGGCCGCAUUGGUGAACUCUACGGCGAAGACUCAUACUUAGUUGGAGAAUUCGGCCACACCUACGUGCAAACCAUGCAGGACAAGGACAGCGCCGGCAAUAUCAAAGUCGCUUGUACAAUCAAGCAUUUCGUCUACGGUGAAUCGCGCGGCGGUGUCAAUGCCGCCAGUCAAUACGGAGGUAUCAACCAUCUCUUCAACGAUCAGCUACGACCCUAUAUCCGAGCGCUGGAGGCCGAACCUGCUGCGGUAAUGGUCUCAUAUGCUACAGUUGAUCAAAUCCCCAUGUCUAUGAAUGAGUACAUGAUUCAAGAUAUUCUUCGCGGUAAGCUUGGCUUCGACGGUGUUAUCAUGUCCGAUGCUGGCUCAAUCGCGAAUAUGUAUACACAGUCGCGAGUGGCAACUUCAUAUGCCGACGCAGGGCUUCAGGCUUUGCAUGCUGGCCUGCAAAUGGAGCUCAGUCCUGGAAGCCCUGCGGUAUUCCCAAAUCUUAUUGACAGUAUCAAGAACAAAGAAGUCUCUAAGCUCAUUGAUGAGGCUGCGCUCAAUCUUCUCACUAUCAAGUACGCCACUGGCUUAUUCGACAAUCCUGUCCCGGACGUGCAGGUUGCCAAUACCACCCUUCGGCAGCCGAAGCAUCUAAAACUGGCCCAAGAAGCAGCCAGAGAGGGAAUUGUGCUUCUAAAGAAUGACGGGAUCUUGCCCAACACCCCCCAAAAGGUUGCUUUACUCGGUCCUUUCGGAGACCUUCUCAAUGCUGGGUCCUAUGCGGCCAUCAACGUCUCCAAUCCGAAAUGGGGCGACUCUCUUCUUACGAGUCUGAAGUCCACACUGGGUGAACGUAAUGUCAACUUCGUUCCCGGUGUAGAUCUCAUCGAUACCAAAAACUCCACAGGAAUUGCUGAUGCGGUUUCCGCAGCGAAGGAGGCCGGGUUUGCCAUACUUAUGCUCGGAUCUCUCUCAGCUCCGAUGGAGGACCCCCUCUUCAACAAGCGAACAGACGGCGAGUUCUUCGCUCACGCGGAUCUUGGAUUUCCAGGCCUUCAACAGCAGCUUCUCGACGCCGUCCUCGACACAGGGGUACCCACUGUGUUGAUUCUAACUGGCGGCCAGCCGUGGGUACUCAAUAACUCGACCCUUCGCUCCAACGCCAUUCUACACUCACUUCUAGGAGGAGAGUUCACAAGUUCUGCACUUGUGGAGAUAAUCACUGGCAAGGUCAACCCCAGUGGAAAGCUCACUAUUAGCAUGCCUCAACACUCAGGCGCUGUCCCUGCAUUUUAUGAUUACCUGCCCUCUGAUGACACGGGCGGCAGCGACGCUAGGUUGGGGUUUCACUCAGCUUACCAGUGGCCUGUGCUUGGAAAGGAUUCGCCAAUGCCUUUUGGUUUCGGCCUGAGCUACACAACCUUUCACUUCUCAUCCCCAAUUGCAACGUACGAGAGGGGUAGUGUGGUCAUUCGUGUAAACGUCAAGAACACCGGCAAAGUUACGGGUAAGGAAGUUGUUCAAGUUUAUCAACGGCCGAAUACUUCUGUGGGAAUUGAGAGACCGAUUAGGAAACUCAUCAGGUUUGAGAAAGUGAGCUUAGUUGCAGGAGAGAGCCAGGAAGUCAAGUUCUCGAUCCCCAAAAAGGAACUUGGCUAUUAUGUCAACGCAAAGCUGAAAGUUCACGAGGGCUUGUAUAACUUCUGGACAGGUUCAAGUUCGAGGAUCGCAGAUUUAAAGGGCGUCAAUGUAACUGUUACAGCUUGA